UUGUCAUCUUCCCAGCUCUAACCCCUCCCUCUCUCUUCACUGCUAAAAUUCUGUGAGAGAGAGAGAAUGAAUUUGAGUUCUAGUAUUUCUGGGAAGAACUUGCAGAUUCAGCGUCUCCAUCGCUCUCAAUUGGAGUUCACAUCGCGUAUUUCUCCUCGCCAUCAUUCGAUUUUGAAGCCGUCUCAGCGAUUGCCGCCGCGGAUUAAUGGAGUUUCUGUUCGUUGUUCGAGCACUUGGCACUGGAGCUCCAGAUUCUCGAUCGGUACUAGAUGCGUACCGGAUAAAUGUUCUGAAUCUUCGGGGCUGGAUCAAGAUUCUUCGAACAGUUCGUCUCAGAUGCUUGAGCAAAAGAAAUCUACAAUUGUGGAGAUUCUGAAACAAUCAAAUUCUCUCCUGCCUCAUGUGGUUCUUGCCAGCACACUAAUUGCCCUUAUCUUUCCGCCGUCUUUUGCAUGGUUUACUAGCAGGUACUAUGCACCUGCAUUAGGGUUUUUGAUGUUUGCAGUUGGGGUAAAUUCCAGUGAAAACGAUUUCCUUGAAGCAUUCAAGCAACCAGCAGCCAUUUUUGCUGGUUAUGUGGGCCAAUUUUUUGUGAAGCCGCUUCUUGGUUAUCUGUUUGGGACGAUCACAGUGACCCUUUUUGGUCUUCCCACUGCCAUAGGUGCCGGGAUUAUGUUGGUCUCUUGUGUUAGUGGGGCGCAACUCUCAAGUUAUGCCACCUUUUUAACUGAUCCAUGCCUCGCUCCCUUGAGCGUUGUUAUGACAUCGUUAUCCACUGCUACCGCUGUUUUUGUCACACCAUUUUUAUCUUUAUUGCUCAUUGGGAAGAGACUUCCAGUUGAUGUUAAAGGGAUGAUUUCUAGUAUUACACAGAUUGUAGUUGCGCCAAUUGCUGCAGGCUUGCUUCUCAAUCGGUUCUUUCCUCGGAUUUGUGAUGCAAUUCGGCCCUUUUUGCCUCCGCUUUCGGUAUUGGUGACAGCUUGUUGUGUUGGAGCUCCGCUUGCUAUUAACAUCAACUCUGUCAUUUCCCCUUUUGGAUUUGCCAUAUUACUGCUCAUUGUAGCGUUUCAUUUAUCUGCAUUCGUAGUUGGUUAUGCAUUGACUGGUCUUGUGUUCCAUCGGGUGCCUAAUGUGAGAGCACUGCAGAGAACGCUAUCCUUUGAAACAGGAAUGCAAAGUAGUCUCCUUGCCCUUGCUCUAGCAAACAGGUUUUUCCAGGAUCCACUUGUUGGCGUGCCCCCUGCAAUCUCAACUGUGAUGAUGUCCUUGAUGGGAUUCUCUCUGGUUAUGAUAUGGAACAAGAGAAAAGAGAAGAAUUUGAUCAAACAGAGUUGACAAAGUUGGUUGAUUUAUAUUUAUUGUACAGGUGUUGUUGAGUUGGAGGCUCUACCUUUUCUUUUGUUAUCUUUUUUGUUUGAAUAAGUAGCGGGAAUCGAACUUACCAUCUUUAAGAAGGUUAUUAAAACUUUAAYGAGUUGAAUUAUAUGCUCGCAAAAAUUUACUUGUAA